AGGAGCGGUGCGAGUGCCGGGGCCGGAGUGGGCAGAGGCGGCCAUUCCCCCCACAGUAAAAGUGCACUGAGCCAUUCCCUUGUUCCUCUCCCCUCCGCCGGAUACUCCACUCCAUUCACAUACACGCGCGCGCAUCUCACACGUAAGCGAUGCCCUCAGCCACCAGCAGCUCGAUGGCGAGUAGCGGCAGCAAAGCGGGAAACGAAGCCGCCGCCGCAGCGGCGGCCCCUUCACAGGCGGCGGCGACGGUUCCGGGCGGUACCACGAGUUCGGUGCAGACCGAGGCUAUGAAGCAGAUUCUGGGCGUCAUCGACAAGAAGCUGCGCAAUCUGGAGAAAAAAAAGGGCAAACUUGAUGAUUAUCAGGAUCGAAUGAACAAAGGAGAACGGCUUAACCAAGAUCAGUUGGAUGCUGUGUCAAAGCACCAAGAAGUCAACAAUAACCUGGAAUUUGCUAAGGAACUGCAGAGGAAUUUCAUGGCGCUGAGCCAGGAUAUUCAAAAAACAAUAAAGAAGACAGCUCGACGGGAACAACUAAUGAGAGAAGAAGCUGAACAAAAACGUUUGAAAACAGUACUUGAAUUGCAAUAUAUUUUGGACAAGUUGGGUGAUGAUGAAGUACGCAAUGAUCUAAAACAAGGAACAAAUGGAGUGCCGGUAUUAACAGAGGCGGAACUGUCAAUGCUAGAUGAAUUUUACAAGCUAGUUGAACCUGAACGGGACAUGAAUGUGAGGUUGAGUGAACAGUAUGAGCCGGCAUCCAUUCAUCUGUGGGACUUACUGGAAGGGAAGGAAAAGCCUGUAUGUGGAACAACAUAUAAAGCCCUAAAAGAAGUCAUUGAACGCAUUCUUCAAACAAGUUACUUUGACAGUACUCACAACCAUCAGAAUGGUUUAUGUGAAGAAGAGGAGACCACGCCUGCGCCUGCAGUUGAAGAUCCUGUUGCAGAAGCUGAGCCAGAGCCAACGGAAGAAUAUACUGAACCCAGUGAAGUUGAAUCAACAGAGUAUGUAAACAGACAGUUCAUGGCAGAGACUCAGUUCAGCAGUAGUGAGAAGGAACAGGUAGAUGAGUGGACAGUUGAAACUGUUGAGGUGGUAAACUCACUCCAGCAACAACCACAGGCAGCAUCUCCUCCAGUUCCAGAUGCCCAUGCGCUUACUGCUGUAGCUCAAGCAGAUCCUCUUGUUAGGAGACAACGAGUACAGGAUCUUAUGGCACAAAUGCAAGGCCCUUACAACUUCAUGCAGGAUUCCAUGCUGGAAUUUGAGAACCAGGCACUCGACCCUGCUAUUGUUUCGGCCCAGCCUAUGAAUCCAGCACAAAACCUGGACAUACCACAGAUGGUUUGCCCUCCAGUUCAUACUGAAUCCAGACUUGCCCAGCCCGCCCAGGUUCCUGUACAACCUGAAGCAACACAGGUCCCCUUGGUUUCUUCCACAAGUGAGGGAUAUACAGCAUCCCAGCCCAUGUAUCAGCCUUCUCAUUCAACAGAACAGCGGCCUCAGAAAGACUCAAUUGACCCGAUUCAGGCUUCAAUAACCUUAAAUGCAGAUCAGACACCAACAUCAUCACCCCUUCCAGCUGCAUCCCAGCCUCAGGUAUUUCAGCCUGCCUCUAGCAAACCUUUGCAUAGCAGCGGAAUCAAUGUUAAUGCAGCUCCAUUCCAGUCCAUGCAGACAGUAUUUAACAUGAAUGCACCUGUUCCUCCCGUCAAUGAGCCAGAAACCCUAAAGCAACAAAAUCAGUACCAGACCAGUUACAGCCAGACUUUCUCCAAUCAGCCUCACCAAGUAGAGCAAUCAGAACUUCAGCAAGAACAGCAGCUCCAGACAGUGGUUGGCACCUACCAUGGUUCCCCGGACCAGUCCCAUCAAGUGGCAGGUAACCACCAGCAGCCUCCACAACAGAAUACUGGGUUCCCACGUAACAAUCAGCCUUAUUAUAACAGCCGGGGAGUGUCUCGUGGUGGAUCACGCGGCACUCGAGGCUUAAUGAAUGGAUACAGGGGACCAGCCAAUGGGUUUAGAGGAGGGUAUGAUGGCUACCGCCCUUCAUUUUCCAACACUCCAAAUAGUGGUUACACACAGGCACAAUUUAAUGCUCCUCGGGACUAUUCCAACUACCAGCGGGAUGGAUAUCAACAGAAUUUCAAGCGUGGCUCUGGACAAAGUGGUCCUCGGGGUGCCCCUCGAGGUCGUGGAGGGCCUCCAAGACCCAACAGAGGGAUGCCUCAAAUGAAUGCUCAGCAAGUGAAUUAAUCUAAUUCACAGGAUUUACAUUUAAAACGCCAAAAACACACUGGCCAGUGUACCAUACAUGUUACCAGAAGAGUUCUCUUUGUUCUCCUUUAUAGGAAGUUCAUAGUAAAGGGAUUAUUUUCAUUGCCCAUAAAGACAAGACUACAGUUGUCAGCUUUAUAUUACCUGGAUAUGGAAAGAAACGACGUUUACUCUGCAUGUUCUAUCCUAAGCGUCAUCUUGAGCCUUGCACAUGAGAUCCAGAAUUUUUACCCUUGCUCUGAUUAAAAGCGAAAAUGGCAGCUCAUGGUGAUGAAAAUCUCCAUAGUUAAUUGAACAGGCAGAAAUAAUCUUGACUGACUCCAUUGACGUUAUAUAGUGUUGCAGCAAAUUUGGAUAUAAAUCUGUAAAUCCCUACGUGUUUUACUCAGACAAUUGGUAUAUUUAAACUUUUACAUAAAAGGAAGAUGGAAGAAGCGAAGUGUGGUUUAACAGAGCAACUACAUUUCAGCUUUUUCUGUUAGACUGAAGCACUGAACAUUUACAAUGCCUAUACCCCUAACUAGUUAAUAAGCUGAUGGACAGCUUAGGCAUGCCCUUCGUCACAGCACUUUCCUAUUAGGCUGAUUUGCUGUGGCAAAGGGAUGCAUUAAUUGUUUUGUGUAACUGUUAAUAUAAUUGUGUAAACCCAAAAUUAGACUUUGAUUGGCACUUUAAAUUUUUCUUUUAAGAAAUAGAAGAUGUAAUCUGGAUGGCCACCUGUGUUUUAAUGUGAAGUGUUAAAGAGUUCUCUCCUGAACACAUUUCCUGGAUAACAAUGACAUUUAAUAAGGAUCGGUAUUCUUUAUCUUUCCUUAUGACUUGCACAUUGUCUGUCAACUAAUACUUGAUCUUGCUGUAUUACCACCUAAAUAACUGAUGCCGGUACUGAUGGAUUUUAAUGGAUAUUCAUAAUACUUCUGGUCACAUGUUUUCUCUUCUGCAGCCUAAAGGUUUUAAGAAAUCUCAAAUCCCCGCUGCUGCUGCUGCCCUGUUAAAUUGCUCUCUUUUGAAAAGCACCAGUAUGUGUUUGGAUUGGUUUCCCCUUUUAAGGGAAAUUACAGCCAGCAGUUACAGAUAUAAGCAAGAUAAUAAAACAUGUUUAUAAAAAAUAUA